CACAGCUUUUAUUCCUCAACUUUUAAUUAAAAAAAUUUUUUUUUCUCCUUCAAAAAUGAUUCAUAUUUUAAUUUCUGUUGAUGAUGCUGCACAAUUUGGACGUUCUCCAAGACGCUUUGCUAAUUUAAGGCAAAGUAUGGCAUCUACGGGAUUAAAACAGACACCUAUAAUUUCGACUAAACCAGUAAAACAAUGUACAUCGUCUAAUUCGGAUUCUGGAAAGUCUGAAAAAAACAACAAAUAA